GCCACCGCCAGGAAGCGUCCGCUUGAGUUCGUAGCCCGCUCGCCGCCAACGGGCUGGCAGGCCGAGGAGUCGGCGGCAGGCCUCGCGCUGCAGGUGCUUCCCUAAUGGGUGCGGAAUGAAGGUGGGCGGCGCAGGUACCCAUCCAGGCGGCGGCGGCGGCGGCGGCGGCGACGGGGACGAGACUGCGCCCCGCUUGUAGGCGCCGGGCCGCGCACGCCGUGCCCCGGUGCGCUGCUGGCCGGGCCACGUGACCGCGCGCGCACGUGUCCCGGCCUCUGGGCACCGCGGCGCGGCGCUUCCUCCCGGCUUGGCCACCGAUGUCCGCCUAGAGCCCGCGCACGCCGCGCCCGGGAGGCGGCGGAGACGAGGGCGCUAAGCCGCGUGAGCGGCAGGCUCUCUCAGGUCCGCCAUGAACCCCAGGGACCUGUUCCAGGACUUCAACCCCAGUAAGUUCCUCAUCUACGCCUGCCUGCUGCUCUUCUCCGUGCUGCUGCCCCUGCGCCUGGACCGCGUCAUCCAGUGGAGCUACUGGGCUGUCUUCACCCCCAUAUGGCUGUGGAAGCUCCUGGUCAUCGCGGGCGCCUCGGUAGGCGCGGGCGUUUGGGCCCGCAACCCCCGCUACCGCACCGAGGGGGAGGCCUGCGUGGAGUUCAAAGCCAUGCUGAUCGCCGUGGGCAUCCACCUGCUACUGCUUAUGUUCGAAGUCCUGGUCUGCGAUAGGGUGGAGAGGGGGACCCACUUUUGGCUGCUGGUCUUCAUGCCACUUUUCUUCGUUUCCCCGGUGUCCGUGGCCGCCUGUGUUUGGGGCUUCCGCCACGACAGGUCGCUGGAGCUGGAGAUCUUAUGCUCGGUUAACAUCCUGCAGUUCAUCUUCAUCGCCCUGAGGCUGGACCGAAUUAUCCACUGGCCCUGGCUGGUGGUAUUCGUGCCCUUGUGGAUCCUCAUGUCGUUCCUUUGCCUCGUUGUUCUCUAUUACAUCGUCUGGUCCUUCCUGUUCCUGCGGUCCCUGGACGUGGUUGCUGAACAUCGAAGAACACACGUGACCAUGGCCAUUAGCUGGAUAACGAUUGUCGUGCCCCUCCUCACCUUCGAGGUCCUGCUCGUUCACAGAUUGGAUGGCCACAAUGCCUUCUCUUACGUCUCCAUAUUCGUCCCUCUCUGGCUGUCCUUAAUAACGCUGAUGGCCACAACCUUUAGGCGGAAGGGAGGCAAUCAUUGGUGGUUUGGUAUUCGCAGAGAUUUCUGUCAGUUUCUGCUUGAAAUUUUCCCAUUUUUAAGAGAAUAUGGGAAUAUUUCUUACGAUCUCCAUCAUGAAGAUAGUGAAGACGCUGAAGAAACAUCAGGCUCAGAAGCUCCAAAAAUUGCUCCAAUGUUUGGAAAGAAGGCCAGGGUGGUUAUAACGCAGAGUCCUGGGAAAUACGUUCCCCCACCUCCCAAGUUAAAUAUUGACAUGCCAGACUAAACUCUUCCAGGCAGGGCCUCAGUGAAAUAGAAACCAUGUCCGCACACAGACUCCACCUUGCUAAUGCCUCUGUCCAUCCCAAAUCUGGAACCUGGAAAGCAGGCUGUAGACCCUCAUUUCAUGCCUUGUGUCCAACUUGCUGUGUGUACCAUAGACAUGGAGGUUAUUUUAAUCUGUGUGUGUGUGUGUGUGUGUGAGAGAGAGAGAGAGAGAGAGAGAGAAAGAAAGACAGAGACAGAGAGACAGAGAACUUGCUUUCCAGGUUGGCAUUUUAAUAGCUAGCUGAGGGCAGUAAGUGCAACUGUUUUCAAAGGUCCUCAAAAAAAAAAAAAAAAAUUACAUAGCUGUUUGUUUUUUUAUGUGCUACAAUACCUGUCAAAAGUAUUGUUUAAAAAUAUUUUUAUACACUGCUAGUCUUAAAGUUGUAUUUCAGAUCGUGCUUGUUGUGACAUAAUGGCAAGUGUUCAGAAUUCUCUUUCCAGCAUUGGUUUCUGAACCUCACAGUAAAGUAGUUUUUCUUUGAGCUUUGCUGAUACUGGUCUAAUAGAUGAACUUUUGUAAUGGAGUGAAUGUGUGCAUACAUAGUAUUUAUAUGAAUAUUUUAGCAGUAUAUGUUGAAGUCUAGUUCUCUGCAGUACAAUGUAUUGUUAUUUUUUUAAGUUUCUAUGUGAUGAUAUGUAUCUAUUGCAGAUGUCCUUAAAGACUGCAUAAAAUGUUACUAUGUACCUGGUGUGGGAUCUUGUCAAAGUACAAGGCAUGACUGUAGAAACUGAAAAUCCUGUGGAUCUGAGUAUUCAGGUGUUCGGUGACAGAGGGCUGCAGUAUUAAGGUCUCUCAGUAAGUGGAAGUAGAGGGGGAGCCAGCAUCCUCUGGGAUAGGUGGUGUGCUCCGUGGUACCAGGUCAUAAAGUGACACUGUUGUCUGCUACCCUUUUUCCACACAGGUGGUAACAUUUCUUGAAGAACAACCAAAAUAAGCAAUAAGUGGCUUAUCCUUUUCUAAGGAGCUUGGAUAGUUUGCCAUAAUGCAAAGUGUUACCUGCCACUUGGAAGCUGAAGAGGAGCCUUAACCAAAAAUGACCAACAGGAUGGGGUCUCAUUUUAAGGUCCAACCUUUUUGGUUUGUCAGCAACAGGGGAACAAGAGUUCAAAAUAAUGGCAAUGUUUCUUUAGGUGCUGGCAGCACAUUAGGGAACCAGAAGGACAAAUGCCAGAGCCUGAAAGAGUAAUGUUCUAGCUGGGAACAAAUAAAUACUUGCAAAAGGAAGUAAAAUAAAAAGGAGUACUGGUAUUACUGGCAGGAAUCCUUUUAUCAGCAACUUAUUAAAAAUUACCUAAAUUGGGCUGCACAUAUUCAGUAUGUAACUGCACCCUUUACUCUGGCCACAAGGCAGAUCUGUUGUAUUUGAACAAAAAGAUAAACC